AUGCUCACUUUAACCGGCUAUAUCCCCAGCUCCAUAGCGAGAGCUGGCUGUGCGGGAGCUGGACGUCUCUCAAGGUUCAGUUCCGUCCGGAAGUUUAGCUCCGGCUCUGCGAACAGUCAAUGGCAGGCGUUGACAUGGACUACACAGCAACCCGGCCAUGUGACGACCGAUGAAAUAAUCUCCUCCUAUGCUCACCUCCAUCCCUCGUCGAAACAAUCACCCGUUGUCCCGAUUCUCUUCGCCUCCCCGGAAUUUACGGCAUGGACGGAACCAACGAGCCCUCUGCUUUCGGAAUGGGCGACACCAUUAUUGAAACACCUACAUACCAACGAUGGUCCGAAUGUUGUCUAUACAAUUGCUGCGGUAGUCGAUAAAGUUUCCAGCAACGGUGGUGGAAGAAACACAACAGCUACGGAAGGGUUAUCCCUGUUACUUGCCGACAGUUCUUGCAUAACUGCUUCAAUUGCGACGCCUGCAAGAUUAAAAAGCAACACCUCCGACGAACCAGCUUUCUUUCUUGCGACGAGAAAUCCCGUUGACCAGAACAGCGCCCAAUCUCACGAAAUCGGCCUACGCCUCGCCCAGACAGUAUUCCGAAAUGGGCGAGACCGGACUCUACUAGGAAUGCGAUGGACUAGGGAUGAGACCUCGAACAACUAUGUUCUUGAUAGUUAUCGCGACCUUUCGUCAUGCUCUAUAACAGCUCCAGUACGUGAGACGCACUGCGCCGUCAACGUGCCGUUCCACCCCGUGACUCAACGUCGACGAGUCAUCUCGAGCAUGGGAAACAUCCUACGACAAGUUUCCAAAUCUACAAACGAUGACGGAGAUCUGAACGCGGGUAUUCCAGCAUCUUCAGAGUUGGAGAAAGAACUUCCCAGAUACGUCAGUGAACGUGGGAUUCCACAUCAGAGAGUGGCUGUAUGGGCGCUUGUCGAGCCAGCAUCCUCGUCCACCAUUACCACUCAGCAGAACAUCCAAGGCUCACUAUCAAAUGGAAGCAAGAUUCACCGCGUGGUCAGUGGCGGUGGGGGUUGGGGUAAGAAGCAAGGUCUACUCUCAUUAGACCCGGAGGCCACUUUCGGAGCUGCAAGUCGUUCCCGCGAAACAUCGCUUGACGAGGUAUUCACAUCGACUACAGAAGCUGAGCUGGCAUUUACAAACGACCUUCCAGACUUUCUUGAAGGACUUGGGCUUGAAGAAAACAUUGCGCAAUUGUCGCAGGUAGCGACACCUGGUGAUUAUAUUCAAUUCUUCGUGACUUCCGAGGACGAAUUAAUCCAUAAGGAUAGUUCUGUGUCGAGUGCCCUUACAUACUCAUUUGGCGUAGAAUCUCCUGAAGAAUCGCAGACAUCUUCCACGACUUCAGAAGGGGUGGUUGUGAUCCAGAACCAUUUUGGCGCGGUCUCGGAAUCGGCGAUAAGCUACUCCCAGAAGGAUCCAUCGCAGGUAUCAACGUGUGAGACGAAAAUUUCCGUUCCCGGGUCGAGGAUCGAUUUGUCGGUUACAUAA